CUGGACUGUGAAUGGGCAGGAGAUGGCAGAAGGAAGUGACAUGAGAGGAAUUGAUCCAGGUAUCAACCUUUAGUGCCACAUUAAGAUGAAUCCCCCGACUGCCGGCUGGCUGGUACUUCUGGCCCUAAUAACAAAUAUCUGUGGCCAACCAAACCCCUUCAGACUAGCAGACACUAGCUUGAGAGCUACAGAGGGGUCCUGCGUCGAAAUGAAAUGCAGCAUCAAUGAUAGAGUUGACACUGCUAAUGCAUACUGGUUUUGGAUAAUGAAUCCAACUUGGAAUGGAGGAGUGCUAAGUGGCACUGUCAUUUACAGCACAAAUGAUGAAGAACGUCCUGUCAGUCAAGACUUUGCAGACAGAGUGAAUUAUACCGGCUCUUCAACUUCAACUUGGAACAGUUAUGACCCACCAAAGUCCUGCAGUAUCUCAAUUUGCAACCUGAAGAAAAGUGACAGUGGAGACUAUGCUUUUAGAUUUGUAGAUGAAUUGAGACCUUAUACAUUCAUGACUCAUACGUUGACCCUCACUGUUACAGCAAAUCCAUGCCUCAUCGCUUUUGACAAACUGCCCGUCGUAGUUGAAAAUGCCCCUGUGACACUCAAAUGCUCAACUUUGAGUUCAUGUUCUUCAAACCUACAAAUUGGAGGUUUGGAACAACUUGAUCCAUCUCUGAUCUCAGGGCCUCAACAAAAGGACAGCAGAAAUCGGAAAACCACUACCGUCAGUUUUAGAGCAAACUGGCAGGAUGAUGGGAAGGAGUUUUCAUGCCAAACACAAGACAACACCGACAAACAUUUGAUCCGGAAAAUCAGUACAACUGUGGAAUAUCCCCCCAAAGACACAUCGGCUAAAAAAAGCAAUGAAAACGUUGUGGAAGGACAAACUGUGACUUUAACUUGCUCUGCCAAAGGAAAUCCUGCUCCCACCUUUACCUGGUUUAAAAAUAAAAAUGCAAAACUUGGACAAGGGGCAGAAUGGACGAUUAGAUCAAUUACGGAGUCAGAGAAUGGAGAAUAUCAUUGUGAAGCUACAAACAAAUAUAAAACAGAAAAGUCCAACCCAGUCUCCAUAGAUGUUAAAUGUGAGUACUUGUUUUUUUUUUCUUUAAUCAAUUUCAUGUGGUGGGUUUGAGAAGUAUAUAUAUUUUUAGUUUGAUUUAUUUUCUAGUAACAUCAUGAUUUGAGAUA